AUGGUGAUGGACCAGCAACAGCCAGAGCAACAGCAGCAGCAGCAGACGUACAGGCACUAUUGCCGGAUAUGCAAGAAGGGGUUUGGCUGCGGGCGCGCCCUCGGGGGCCACAUGCGCGCUCACGGGAUCGUCGACGACUACGCGGCCGACGCUGAGGAUGACCCCUCCGGCUGCAGCGACUGGGAUGGCAGGAUGAAUUCGGCGGCCGCCGGCACCAAGCGGAUGUACGCGCUCCGCACCAACCCCGCCCGCCUCAGGAGCUGCCGGGUCUGUGAGAACUGCGGCAAGGAGUUCCUGUCGUGGAAGUCAUUCCUCGAGCACGGCAGAUGCAGCUCCGAGGAGGAGGAGGAGGAGGAGGAGGAAGAGGGCUACGAGUCUGUGCCCGCCUCGUCCAGGUCCGAGGGUGACGUCGAUCUCGCGGGGUGGAGUAAGGGCAAGCGAUCCCGGCGCGCGAAGGUGGUCGGGAUGAGCGAAGAGGAGGACCUCGCCAGCUGCCUGAUGAUGCUGUCCGCCGCCCGUGUCGAGCCGGCGGCUAUCGCCGAGACCGAGGAGUCGUGUGCGUCCGCGAGCAAGGAGGACGACCGGCGGCAGCAAACGGUCGCGGUCGGUGUCACGACGGAGAUUCCUCAGGGUCCUGCAUUCUUGCCGCCGGCGCAACCGAGCGUUCCCAGGGGGACGUUCGAGUGCAAGGCUUGCAAGAAGGUCUUCAGCUCGCACCAGGCGUUGGGGGGCCACCGAGCCAGCCACAAGAAGGUCAAAGGCUGCUUCGCCGUCAAGCACGACGGCCUCGACGAGGCCCCGCCCGACGACGAGGUGAUCACCCACGAGAACGUGGCGGCCGCAUCGACCUCGACGGCGAUCAGGUCGAAGGUGCACGAGUGCUCCAUCUGCCACCGCGUGUUCACGUCGGGGCAGGCGUUGGGCGGGCACAAGCGAUGCCACUGGAUCACGUCCAGUUCGCCGGACCCCGGCCUAAAGCUCCAACCCUUACCGCACCACGCCAACCUUCCCCACCAGCUGACGCUUAGACCCAUGUUCGAUGAACCUCUCGAUCUCAACCAGCCUGCGCGCGCCGAUGAGAUCGCUCGAGGGACGAGGGACAUCGGGAGUCCAUUACGACUCCAAAUGCCUGCAGCGAUCUACUUACAGGCAUGGAUCGAUCGCCGCGACGUCGGCAGAAACAGAGCCUGUGCCACCAGCAGUGACAAGAACGACGAUCACAAUAACGUCCACGGCAAGGACGACAACAACACCGAGAUGUCUGGUCUCAACGUGGACGACGAAGUGGACAGCAACGUAAAGAGAGCGAAGCUGAGCGAGCUGAAGGACAUCAACAUGGGAGAAGACAGCUCCCCUUGGUUGCAGGUGGGGAUUGGUUCGUCUGCCAACGAGAGCAGUGAAGCAUGA